AUGCGCAAAAGGUACCCUGCCUGCGUGGAGCCGAGCUGUUUGAAAACUAAACCGUAAACCCUGUCGUUUCUCUCUAAAUUCCUUCAGGGAUUUCUCUACUGAUUACAGUACAGCAAGAGUUAUGAUCCAAUGCUUGUACUAUGGAUUGUAACCCUGGUGUUGUAGAUGCAGGAGGUGACAAUUCUUCAUCUCCAGAAGGUUCAGAGUCACCUGAACUGGAUCGCAACCCAUCUCCACCACCAGCCAAUGAAGAGGCAGGUGAAGAUGCGGAUGCCAUUGGAGACACUGUGUACAGCAAACAUUGGCUUUUUAGUACUCUAACUCGCCUUAUACAGAUGAUCACAAAGCAUGCAGAAGAAGCCUCUGAAGGACCUAUGGAUCUGUCCAAUGAUGAUGAAGAAGAUUUAUGCAAACUUUGGGAUAUGGCUAUGGAUAAGGAUGUGGCUGGAUUUCUGCAGGAAUUCAGAGCAACCGAUAUUCUUCUGGGAGUUAUAGCCAAAUCUAGAUGUCCGCGCCUCACAGAAAUUUGUGUGGGAAUCCUUGGGAAUAUUGCUUGUUUUCCUGAAACCUGUUUAACUCUAAGCCAAAAUGAAGAACUGGGGGAAGUACUUCUGCUCCUACUUGGUGAUACAGAUCCACCAACUCUUCUAGAAACAUGCAGGUUACUACUGACUUGUGUCUCCCAGAAAGAUGUUUGUUCCUUGUGGCUUGAAAGAAUGCAACAGCAGCCGUCUGUUUGCUCCAAUCUCUGUUUCAUCAUGAGGAGUUCUACAAACACUGACCUUUUAGAGAAGGUUGGAGAGCUGGUUGACAAAGCUUUUGACCUGGAUGAAGGCCUGAUGAGGUCCUGGGUCACUCCUAAGUCACAUCCAGAGGCUGGAAAUGGAGAAAGCUGUGUGGAUGUGGCCUCAUGUCUUCUCGAAGCCGGGAAGCAGCUCAGAUCAGAAAGUCCAAACGGAUUAGAGAUUUAUCUUCAUAUUCUUCAACUCCUGACUACUAUAACUGAGGGCAUCCAGAUUUUUUGUGCUGCUGAUGGGCCCGGAAAAGCUAUAUGGAACUUUCUUUGUGAAGUUGUCUGUGAGGGUCUCUGUCAGACAGAUGAUCUUCCAGUUGUCUUACAAGAGCAAAGGGGUAUUUUAGUCCAGGCCUUUGCGGUGCUGCAGGCUCUCUAUAAAUGCCAGGAUCAGUGGAGCAGUAAAGGGGACACAAGCUUGACACUUAUCGGCAGAGUUUUACAAGUCCUUCACUUCCAUAGUGAGUACAAAAACACUUGUACUGAAGAAGAGUAUUUUAAAAAUGAACAACUCCAGACACUGGCAGAAAUCUCAGCAGAGUUUUUAGCUGAUAUCUCUCCUGACAUUUCUAAGGAAUUAAUGGCAAAGUUGAUAAAAGAGGGUUAUCUGACAGAGAAGACCUGCCUGGCAGCUGCAGAAAGUCUGUACACUUCAUUUGCCACCUCUUUCCAACACCUGUCCUUGAUGCUGUCAGAGGUUGAUCCUGGACUGUCAGGCAAGCUCAAAAAACAUUUUCCUGUUUGAGACGGCCCUUUACAACAGCCAAGUAUAGCACCCUAUUUCUCUUUGAUGGCAAGAUUGGUUUUCCAUGGAAAGAGUCAUCAUUUCAUCAUUGCCCGAAAAAGUAACAGCUCAAAAUAGUGUCAUUGUUUCUUCUUGUUUGGUUAAUUGGGCUAAAUGUCUAUUUGCAGUUGUGUAGUUGUGACUGUUUUUAAUAAAUUGUAUUUUUCUA